AUAUCAAAAAGAGUUUUCUAUAAAACUUGACAGUGCAGAUUAAUUCAAUUCUUUUCUUUCUUGUUCAAUUUAUUUUUAAACAGAAUAAAUGAACGUUUAUUUUUAUAGAUUUCAAUGAUAUUUUAAUUUAAAAAAAUACGAAAAACUAUUUAUAACAAAUUUAUUCAAAACGUUCAAAUGAUAGAAUCAGUAUAUGCUUGAUCAUUCUUUUUCAUAAAUAAAAGAUAACAAUAAUGUGCACUGUAUGUAAGUUUUAAUGGAUAAAACAAAACAAAACAAAAAAAAAAAAGAAAAGAAAAAAGAACAAAAAAUUACCAAAAACCUGUGAAAAUCUGUUGUACAUGAUUGAUUGAUUGUGCGUUUGUGCGUAGGAGGGAAUGAUUCAGCAAGUACCCUGCAAGGUAUUCGUGGGACGCUGUACAGAAGACCUAACUGCUGAUGAUCUGCGCGACUAUUUCUCCAAAUAUGGCGAAGUGACGGACGUGUUCAUCCCAAAACCUUUCCGUGCAUUUUCAUUUGUUACUUUCUUAGAUCCCGAGGUAGCCCAGUCCCUGUGCGGCGAGGAUCACAUUAUUAAAGGAGUGUCUGUACACGUGUCGAACGCUGCGCCUAAGUCCGAGGGGAACAAUAAGAAUUUCAAUAAUCAAGUGAACUCGAAUAUGCGUAGAGGCGCCCCAGGUCCCGUCGAGAAUAACGUGCAGGGAAACUAUCAGGGUAACCGAUACAUGGGCCAUUCAGGUAAUAAUAUGGGUCCAAAUGGGUGGAACAAUCCAGGGAAUCGAGGCAAUUUGGAUAUGCCUAACCUUCAAGCAUUGGGCAUUACCGGGCAGAAUAAUGGCGGCGGCGGUGGUGGUGGUAUGUCGAAUCCACUGGCGAUGGGAGGUCUGAAUUUAUCUGCAUUACCAGUCAACCCGGCUCUGGUUGCAGCUGCAUUGAACCAAGCAUCUUGGGGUUUGAUCGGUAAUUUGCAGAAUCAGGGAAACGAUCAGGGCUAUUCGAACCAGCCUGGCCCACCUGGUCAGCCACCUUCAGGCAACAAUAGUAUCGGUAACAGUGGAAACUCUGGCUUUCUCAGUUGGAUGAAUCAAGGGGGUGGUGAUGGUAAUACUGGCAAUCCUGGAACAGGUGGUCCAGGCCCGAAUAAUCCGAACGCAUCCCAAGGUGCUUGGCAGAAUCAUCCUGGACAGCGUGAUCAGAAAUCAAACACCUUUCUCAAGUACGAAUAAGCAGCAUGGAGGGUCCCAGUGUAGUCAUGGAAAGUGAAGAAUUCGUUCCUUUGAUCCUGAUAUACAUUAACUACAGUGGCAAGAGUCUAGACAAGUGUAUGUAGGUACAAAAUAUUAAUUUUUUCAUUCGUAUAAUGACAGAACCAAAGCCCUUGUCGAUGGGGAAAAGAGUUUUGUAAAUUUUUUCUGUUCUUUUCAUCCCAUGAAACGAACAGAGAGAAAUAGAAAUAGAAUAUUUCUUGUUCUUUUUUUUUUAUAUUAUUAUUAUUAUUACUAUUACUAUUACUA